AAAUUGUUGAAUCUGCUAAUAACUUGUUAAGAAUAGCUUAGAAUCUAAACAAUUAAGUAGCUAGACAGUCUAUAUUUCUUAAAUAAUAAGUGGAUGCUGAUAUCUCUCCUCAUACUCACCAUAAAAUGGCACUUGAAUUUUCAUCUUUUCACAGUACCUAAAAAAUUCAGGAACUCAGAGACCAGAUUAGAAAGUUGGGAGUAUAUCGAUUUGGCUAUUUGCUUAUUGUACCGUCCCUGGGGCCUAGCCUCCACUGUCUUUUGCAUUUUUCUGCAGAUUUGUUCUUUAGCAUAAACUUAAAGCCCUAACCAAUAAACUCAAUUUCUCAUUGUCUAGGAAUGGAUUGUCCUAUCUAAUUUUCCCAACAGAAAAUGCCUCAUUUUACGGAACUUGACAAAUAAGACUAUAAGGCAUGAGCAUCAUAUCUGGCUGCCUGACACAUGGCUAAAUCCUACUGAUUAGCCACAUGGAGAAAUCCACGUGUACGCGAUAAAUGGGACCAAGCCUUGCAUUGCAUCCAACAGCCUCGUGACCUAUUGGUAAAGUGUUGGAUUCUUAAUUCCUGUGAGCAGGUUCAAAUCCUGAUAAGUAUAAAAAAAGAACCCUCCCAUUCCCUUGUAUACCAUGUGCUGAUCUCCGUAGUGGUGGCAAGCUAUAAGGAUUUUGCAAUCAAAAGGGUCCGCUAGGUUCUGCAGUAUCAAAUGGCUCUUCAGCAUAAUUCCACAGAAUCUGUUGGUCACCAUAGAAUCCUUACGUGGUUGACCUACUAGCAUUAGCCCUUUUGUCUCCCACUGAAUGUAAUCUCCACCUAAUCCACAACUCAAUAUAAAUAGACUCAUUUUGCAGUGCUGUAUCAGCUCAAACUUUCUUAGAAGGAAACCUUUGUGAACUUCUUGCACAUUAAUCAUGAUUGAAGGCAAGGCAGCCAUUGGAGAGACUGAUAUGCCUGUAAACAUGCAGGAGGAUGCUCUUGAACUAGCUGCAAAAGCCCUCGAUUUCUUCUAUGUCAAUGAUGCUACUGAGAUGGCACGCUUCAUAAAGAAGGAAUUUGACACAACGUAUGGACCGGGGUGGCAAUGCAUUGUAGGAACUGAUUUUGGUUCAUUUGUGACACACUGCUGCGGUUAUUUCAUUUAUUUUUGCAUUGGCAGCCUUGCAAUUUUGCUUUUUCAGGGGUUCUGCUGUUCCAGAAGCUGAACCAACCAGUUUUCUGCUUUAGAGACAGUGAAAGCUUAGCAUUUAACCUACAUUUCUUUACUUCUUGUACAAACUUUAGCUGCGUAGUCCAGAAAUAUUAUCAUCAAAAUUAAAGAAAGGAAGCAAAAGAAGGAAGAGUUUCAACUUCAGCAAUCUAUAUUUACCCUUUCAUUCUCAACUUUCU